AUGGUUCAGAACGGUGCAAGAGGAGUCCACCGAAACCCCCGUUCGUGGAGACACCGACCUCUAACCACAGCAUUCCUCAAAUCUGCAUUCUUCGAAUACUGCUUCAUUACUUAUAAAGAUUUUAACAAUGCCCACGAAAUACCAACAUUUUUUGGACUCCCGUAUUUCGUCGAUCCAAAUAACACAACUGUUCAACGUUGGUCAUUCAAGUACCCGAAUUCAUGCAAAGAUAAUCUGCUUAUCGUGGUUCGACCGAAUUCUCAAAACAUCCACUUCUGGUUUCACUUCAUCAACCAAGUUCAUGAGUUUUUUGCAUAUUCUUCGGAGAAGGAGUCUGAAAUUACUUGGUGUGCCGCUGUGUAA